GAAAAUCUUAGUAGGCCAUUUUGUUAUAUCUGACUUGAACGUGAAAAUUUUCGCCAGCAAAGUUUCAAUUUUCAGUGGCAUAGCUGCAAUAAAAAAAUAAAAUCUAAUUUCAGAUUAUUAAAAACCAACCAAAACAGGAAUAAAAUGGGUCGCAAGAAGAAGAAGGCCUCGAAACCAUGGUGCUGGUACUGCAAUCGUGAAUUUGACGAUGAAAAGAUUUUGGUGCAACAUCAGAAGGCGAAACAUUUCAAGUGCCACAUUUGUCACAAGAAAUUAUAUACAGGGCCCGGUUUAUCGAUCCACUGUAUGCAAGUGCAUAAAGAAACUGUAGACAAGGUACCCAACUCUUUGCCCAAUCGCUCAAAUAUUGAGGUAGAAAUAUUCGGGAUGGAUGGAAUACCAGCGGAGGAUGUGCGCGAGCAUGAACGACAGAAAAAUGGCGGCAAAUCGGAUUCUGACGACGACGAGCCAGCCGCAAAGAAAAAAGUUGAAAUUCCAUUAACGGCACCACCGCCUAUGAUGAUGCCCCCAAACAUGAUGCCACCGAUGAUGGGCCAAUUCGGACCAAUGGGGAUGAUGCCAAAUAUGCCACCUAUGGCACCAAUGCCUCCAUUUUUAGGGCCCGGUGGUAUACCUAUGAUGCCGCCACACAUGAUGCCGCCGCGACCACUUUUUCCGGCAGCAAUGGCUGCCACUACUUCUGCAGCAGCGGUGCAUGCAGCCGCGGUUUCUCAAAAGCCAACUUUCCCUGCGUACAGUAAUGCAACGAUUAGCGCACCGCCAACAACCAAUAACCCCAGUGCCACAGGAAGUACAGCGCCAGCUGAAGCGCCAAAGGCACCCGCAACAGCUCCAAGCGGAACUGCUGCUGGUGUAACGUCAAAAAUCAUGCAUCCACCGGAGGAUAUGAGCUUGGAGGAGUUACGUGCACGGAAACCCAAGUAUCAACAAAAAUUACAGAAUAGCGGAGGCAGCAACAGCCAUCAACAACGCACCACAUCGGCUGGCACGCUCAGUCAUAAUCAUAAUACCGUCGUGAGCAGCACAUCAUCCAUGACAAUUCCAACAAGUUCGAGUACGUCGAGUGCAGCAGCAGCCGCUCAAGCUGCGGCUAUAUCAAAGGCCCAGGAAACUGCUGCAAUGGUAGCGGUUGCACAGGUCCAAGCAGCUCAGGCCCAGGCACAGGCACACGUCCAGGCGCAGGCUCAAGCGCAGGCGCAAGCACAUGCUCAAGCGCAGGCUCAGGCUCAAGCACAGGUGCAGGCAGCUCAAGCACAUGCGCAUGCACACGCAGCAGCACACGCGCAGGCAGCUCAGGUACAAGCACAGGUGGCGCAAGCACAAGCGCACGCACAUGCGCAGGUCGCUCAAGCGGUAGCUGCUCAACAUCAACAACAACAACAAAAGCAAUUGGAAGAUCUCAAUCGUGCUGUGCUUCUUCAGAGGCUACAGGCCGGACGCUCGGGCCAUCCACAAUCGGCACUCGGCGCACCAACUGCAACGGCCGUAGGCAUGAUGCCGUUGCCAGGGCAAAUGCAAUUAAUGCAACCAAUGCUGCGUCCUGCCAUGGCACUGGGACCGCAUGGACCGUUGCUGGGUGGCAAUAUGUUGCGUGCACCAGGCGGUUUGCCCGGAAUGCCAGGUGAGUACAAUAAAACGCUUAUAUAUGUAGAAGUCAACUUAGAGAAGAACAUGAAUGCUAAAAUACUUUUUCAUACGCUGCCAGGUCUGUUGCCAGUACAAGCCAUACAAAUGCCGGGUAUGCCGAUGCCCGGUAUGGGUGUCAUGCUACCAGCCGGUCAUCCUGUACUGCAAAUGAUGCCACGAUUUCGGUGAUCCGCCAAUUUGUUUGUCGACGCCGCUCUUAGAAACUCCGAUGCCGUUAUUAUAUCCACCUGAAAGAUAAAAUUGGAAACAAGCAAUAAUGCAUUUAGCAUCACCCAAAAAAAUUUUCUAAACUAAUGGAAAAUGAAAACAACGGAAACCUCAAUGUCAUAAAAAAGAUUUCAGCGCAGCAAUGCCACCCAGCUGAUUAAAGCAAAAAAACUGGCAAGCGUAUUGUCGUCAACGGAUGAAUGAGCCUAUUAUUUAAGCAGCAUUGUUAUUGUCGCCUUAUACAGAAAACAAGUUUGUACUCUACUUAAUAUCGCCCCUUCACCUAAAGUUUGUUGCUAUAAGCCAUUUUAACUAAAAGCCGUGCCGUCACACAUACUCAUGCACUUAAUAAGUGCACUAGAACCCAGCCAACCACCAAACAGGCAGGCGGAGGGAUGGAGCAGAACUACUGGUACUUUGCACACACACACAUACACAUAUACACACAUAUAAAAAGAAAUCGUUAAUUUAACCAACUAGAAAAAGUUAUGUGCAAAUACGCUUUGGGUUAAUGUGGUGGCUAGUAAUUAUAGUUAUAUAAUGUAUUAGUUUUCCGUUUAAAUUGUUAUCAUUUUUUACACAUGAAUUCGCUUUAGGUUUCUAAUUUCUUCCUACAUAUAAUGCUAUUUACAUACACAUAUACUCCUAUAUAUACAUACAUACAUGCAUAAUAUGUACUCUGUUUUUGUUUUUAGUUAUCAGCGAGUUUUUUCAGUUAAAGUUAAGUAUGGUUAGACAAAAAAAAAUUUAAAGCAAAGCAAACAUAGGCACGCAAUAAAUUGAGAAGAAAACGUAAGUUUUUGCAUCCAAUACGUAAUUUAAGUGACUAUUAUUGAGUAUGAAUGUGUAUUAUAGCCUUGUAUAUGGAUUACAUACAGACAGUAUACAUACAUACGUACAUACAUACAUAUGUACAUACAUACAUAUUUUCGUUUAUAUAUUUUCAAUAGUGCAUUAUAGAUGAAUGACAUGCAACCGUAGCUAAGUGGUGCAUAUAUAGACACUACAUAAAACAAGCAAUUCAUGGAGUGUACAUAAAUUCAUAAUAAGUACAUAUGUACUUACAAAAUACUAUAUUCAUCUGAAUAAUACUAAUCCCAAUAACAACUUUUUCCAUUACUAGGUCUCUGGUCUUUUUAGAUUUCUGACAUAAUUUGGCUUCAGGGUAUUUUCAUAAAUCACUAUUUAAAAAUUAAUUAAAUUAAUUAGAGAUACAUACUUUUCGCUGAUUUUUGAAGCUUUCAUUGUCGUAAUCAUUUUGUAUACAUAUGCACAUAUAUGUAUGCGGAUAAGUUUUAAUGCUCUUUUGCUGGUUUAUAUAACUUCUUCCCAUUCACACAUUUCCUUAGACACUAUGCACUCAGAAAAAGAACAAGUUGAGAGAUGAGGUUAUAUUUUUAUUCUUGAUUUAUUUUCAAAAGCGCCUUUUAAUUUUAAUUUUAAUUUAAAUGUACCUUGAAUUUUGGAUAUUUUUGAAAAUUUUUAUAAUCUGUGCACAUGUGUAUACAUUUUUACCAGUCCGUUUUCGGACUCAUAACAUAACCUCCCAUCACCUACUAACCUCCCCAACCUUAUAUGAUCUGUAAAUUAUUUAAAUUUAUAAAAAAAAAUAACGUAGUAGACUACGCUUUUUCCUCACCUUUUCAUGCAUUAGAAUUGUGUUAGAAAUUUACAUAGGUAAUCGCAGUCAUAACUAUGGUAAAUUGCAUUUUCAUAUAAUUUGGCACUGUACUAUUUAUUUUUUUGUUGUCUUUACUUAAAAAUUUUCCCAUCACUCAUCACUUGAAAUUUUUUAUGUACGUAUAUUAAAUUCAUAUUAAUUUUUUAACAGGUCCACGACAACGUUGGUCGAUUGCGAUGAUGCGCUCGAUCUGUAGUUUAUUUUCCGUGUGCAACUGACUAACUUAUAUAGAAAAAAUAAAAUAAAAAUUCGUAAAAGAUAAAAAAGAAAACUCAAACAUACAUACGUAACCGUAGCACACAGCCACUGAGUAAGCAAUCCCUCUUUACUAUAAUUUUCGUUUUUCGUAAUAUUUGUUUAAUAAGUAUAAAAGUUCAAAGCACGCAAUAAUUAGUGUACUAAACAUAUGUAUGGUAUUUAGUAUGUAAAUGACAGAAAACUAAAUCAAGAUUAAUGGAUAAGGCCGUAACCAAGCAGAAAGCUCUACAUACAUAUAUACUACAUAUGUACAUACAUACAACUCAUAUUAAUUUGAUACAUUUCACAGAUUUCAAUAUGCACACAUACAUAGUUCUCGGUGUGCCUCCGAUUGCUGAAUGAGCCGCGAAGUCCUACCAGUGAGGCAUUAGGUAUGUUGCCAGUGUUGUUGUAAUUUGUAUUUUCGUUUGCCGUCCUGCCUUGAUCGUACGUACGUAUGUACUGCUCAUCCUAAAAUGUACCACAUCGUGUCAAAAAAAA